GAUACUGAUAUUAUUUUGACGGCAUUAGAAAUAAGGACUUAUGCUGUUAAAAACACGUGACUAUUAUUUAAAAGUGAAAAUUUUACUAAAUAAAUAGUUCAUUAUGAAUAAAUACAAAUCAGACCAAGUGAAAUUAAUGAAAAAUAAAAGUUCAAAAGAAAAACAUAUUCCUUCGAAAGCAUUAUAUAAACAAAAAUACACUACACCUUUAAAAACAAAAAAACACAAAAAUGAAUAUAAUCCAGAAGAAGAAGCCAGGUUAGAAAAGAUCAUGUUUGGUGAUCCGAGUGAUAUUAUAAAUAACAUAUCAAAUAAUGAGAAUGCUAAAAAUGAUAAUGAUAUUUCUGUAUCUGAUAAUGUAAAUAAUGAUUCGAUUGAAGAAACAGAAAUUUCUGAAGAAUAUUCUGAAAAGGCAGCAUGGGUUGAUGAGGACGAUAUUAAGUGUUCCAUACAAGAUGCUGCAAAAAUUCAAAAUCGUAAAAUAGCUGAUGAUGUACCAGAAAAAUUAUACAAAGAUUAUUUAUCUAAUAAGUACAAAAAGAUUGUUGGCAAUCCAAAAUGGGCCAAGCUUGAAAAAAGUGAUGGAGAAUCUGAUGACUUAGAUAAUGAAAUAUUAAAGCAUAGUUGUCAUUUGGAAAAACCUAAAGUAAAAAAUUUACCAAAGAGCAUAAUUGAUAUAAAAGCACUGUCACAGAUUAAUAAAGAAACACAUACUGAAGGACCUAUUGUAUCAAGUGUUGAAUUUCACCCAUCUUCUACAGUUGCCUUGGUUGCUGGUUCUUCUGGAAUUUUAUCUCUUUUUCAGGUGGAUGGGAUUGAAAAUAAUAAAUUACAUACAAUGCAAUAUAAAAAAUUUCCUAUUAGUGCAGCGAAAUUUCUGAGAGACGGUACAGAAGUAUUGAUUGGUUCUCAAUAUUAUCCACAUUGUCAUUCCUACAAUUUAAUGAGUGGGAAAACAUAUAGAAUGCUAUUACCACCUGGACUUCCUAAUAUACAGAAAUAUGAAGUAUCCCCAGAUGGAAAAAUGUUAGCCAUCUGUGGACGAUCAGGAGAAAUUUUCUUAUUACAUAGUUUAUCAAAAGAACACAUUACUACCCUAAAAAUGAAUGCUAGAUGUAGAGCAUUAGCCUUUACACCCGAUAGUAACACACUGAUUACACAUGGUGACAACAGUGAAAUGUAUAUUUGGGAUUUAAAUAGUCGCGUAUGCAUUCAUCGAGCUAUAGAUGAUGGGUGUUUAUCUUGUGCUUCUCUUGCAAUGUCUCCAAAUGGACAGUUCUUAGCGACAGGUAGUAAAGAAGGUGUGGUUAAUUUGUAUGAUACUAAGACAGUGUUACAAAAUCGAAAUCCUGUUCCUUUAAAAGUUGUUCUCAAUUUUGUAACAUCGAUUACCAAUUUAAAAUUUAAUCCUUAUUCUGAAAUCUUAGCAAUGGCUUCAGAUAAAAAACAUAAUGCAUUUAAAAUGAUGCAUUUACCAUCAUUUACCGUUUUUUCAAAUUUUCCUACAUUUCAAACAGUUUUGUCAAUGCCUGAAGCUAUUGAUUUUUCACCAGGUAGCGGUUAUUUAACAAUUUCCAACAGAUCAUUCAGUGCCUUUUUGUAUAGAUUGAAACACUAUGGAAAUUAUUAGACAACCUUUAUUUGGAAAAUUAUUAAAAAUUUUGUUCAAUCUAAAUUAAUAUUUAUAAAACCUAAUGUAUCAAAAUAUGUAAGAAUAAGAUGGAUAUUCAAUAAUUGAU